UUUACAUCCUAGAGCCAAAAUCCCAAAUCUUUAUAUUUGUGAUAUAAUAUCAUAUAUGUCCAUUUGAUAAAAGUCAAACGACCCCUAUUGCAUUAUUACGUGCCCCUCUCAUCCCUCAUUUCGUCUCUAAACAAAACUGCAUAUUUUGUAAUUAAAAGAGUGAACUCUUACAAGGGUCACCUUAAGGCUGAAGAAAAUCGGCCACCGUAUAUAGCAGCCAUCCUUCUAUAGGCAAAGAGAUAAACUAGCUAGCGCCCAUGACCACCAUCGCGGUGGCUGUAGACAUCGGUGGUCACGGUGGAGGCAAUGGAAGCAAACGCGCUGUUAAAUGGGCGGUCGAAAAUCUCUUGUCUCAAGCUGAUCACUUUGUUCUAGUUCAUGUCAUGCCUACCAUCACCCACAUCCCAACUCCAUCCGGAAAUAGUAUCCCAAUCACAGAGUUAGACACAAAAGUUGUGGCAAAAUACAUGGAGGAUGUUAGAGAAAAAUCUCAAGCAGUUUUCCUACAAUACAGAAGACUCUAUAAACCAGGCGAGAUGCAGUUUGAGACUUUGCUGAUAGAGUAUGACAAUAUUGCUGCUGGACUUGUCAACUAUAUAAUGGAGGCGAAUGUCAGAAGCUUAGUUCUGGGAUCUGAAUCAUUGAAUCGCUUUUGGAGGAGAAUAAAAGGCCAUGGAAUACCACAACUUGUGCUAAAAAAUGCACCUGAUACCUGUGAUAUAUUUGUUGUAUCCAAACGAAGAGUGAAGACUAAAGUCGCUAGUUCAAUGACCACAAACGAAACUGGUGGCAAUAAAUUACCUAUAGUGGUGACGACAGGGCAGACACCUCUACACUCUUCCUCUUCAGUUGAGCCUAGUACAGGAUUCUCACAAUCAGAAUUUAGUCAAUCGAUCUCUUUAACAGAUGUACGUCAAGGGUCUUACAGUAAUGAUAUCAAUGCUCGAAGCAAUACUAGUCAUAGCUCCACGACUUCUGCCUAUACGGAUGCUUCCUCAGUCGGACAGAUGUCCACUUCUGAUACUCUUGUGUCUUAUGAGCAGUUUGACUUGCAUAAUGAUGUAGAACAACUGCGAUUAGAGUUACAGACUACCCUGGCUUUGUAUAAUCGAGCUUGUGAAGAUCUAGUCCAUGCUCAAAAGAAGGUACGAAUUCUCUCCUCAGAAUGUGUUGUGGAAGCAGAGAAGAUAAAUGCUGCUACAGAACGAGAAGAAACUAUGAAGAAAAUUGCUGAGCAAGAAAAAAUGAAGCUCUUGCGAGCUGAAAAAGAUGCCCAAGCAGCUAAAAACUUGCUAGCCAAAGAAUCUUAUGAACGGCAGAUAGCAGAACUCAAUGCUUUGAAAGAGUUCAAAGAAAGACAAAAAAUCGUUGAUGCACUCAUUUCAAAUGAAAGGAGAAUUAGAAGGUACACACCAGAUGAGAUUAGAGUGGCUACAGAAGACUUUUCGGAGAAGAAAAUUAUUGGUGAAGGUGGAUAUGGUAAAGUUUACAGAGGUACGCUUGAUCACACACCGGUUGCAAUAAAGGUGCUUGAGCAUGAUGCAACUGACAAGAAGGAAGAGUUUCUCAGAGAGAUCAGAAUUUUGAGCCAACUAUGCCAUCCAAACAUUGUGUUACUACUUGGAGUAUGUUCUGAAAUGGGUUGUCUUGUGUAUGAGUACAUGGAAAACGGAAGCUUAGAAGAGCUUAUUUUCCGCCAAAAAGGAAGAGCACCUCUUCCUUGGUUUGCUAGAUUCCGUAUAGCCUUUGAAAUUGCUUGUGGUCUUGCAUUCUUACACCGCAGAAAACCUGAACCUAUUGUGCACCGUGAUCUUAAACCAGGGAAUAUCUUGUUAGGAAGAAACUAUGUGACUAAAAUCAGUGAUGUUGGGUUAGCCAAACUUGUAUCUGAUAACAUUCCAGAUUCAGUUACAAUGUUUGGUAACUCCUUGCUUGCCGGAACCCUAUACUAUAUCGAUCCAGAAUAUCAAAGAACUGGUACUGUCAGACCAAAAUCAGACCUGUACUCUUUUGGGAUAAUACUUCUCCAGUUAUUAACAGCUCGAAGUCCAAAUGGGCUUUUAUUGGUCAUGGAGAAUGCGAUUGCUAGUGGUUCUUUGCCAUACAUACUAGAUGAUUCCAUCAAGGACUGGCCACUUGCAGAGGUAGAGGAAUUGACUAAGCUUGCAUUAGAGUGUUGUAAGCUCAGAUGCAGAGAUAGACCAGAUCUUGAAACAGUUGUCCUUCCGGUUCUGAGGAAACUUGCUGAUGUUGCCGAUGCUAGUAUGAAAGUUGAACGAAACAGUAUUUUUGCACCCAGUCACUACUUCUGCCCUAUUCUUCAUGAAAUUAUGGAUGAUCCACAUGUUGCAGCAGAUGGAUUUACAUAUGAGCGUAGAGCAAUAGAAGCAUGGCUCGAAAGGCAUGACAUUUCUCCUGUGACUAAGCAAAAAAUGACUCAUUUUAAUCUUACUCCCAACAUGACCUUGCUUACCGCCAUACAAGAGUGGAAAUCUCGUUUAGCUUCUACACAUCCCUGAUGAAGAAGGUGAACCCAUCAAACACUGUAUAGCUUCACACAGAUUUGAAUUUUAUUCUUUGGGUUUCCUUUUCUACCAUCAACUUUUUUUUUUUUUUUUUACUUUCAUCCUCAUUUAUACACAUACCUUAAUGUAUAUAUGAGUAGCUGGUUGAACCGCAAUAGUAGUUGAAUCACAUAAUUCGGAGAAAAAUCUCCAUGUCCAGCUGCUCUUCUUACAGAAGUUUUAAUGAGUGUAUACUUUGUACAUUUACAAGUAUUGAACGAGUUUGAAGCAAUCACUUGACUUAUGCUUCGAUUUUAUUUCA